UGAGGCGGCGCGUUGUUGGGAGGUGGGGGACAGGCCCUUGACGACGGGCUGUCGGAGCGGCGAAGACAAGAAGAUGAUCGACCAGAAGCGCAAGGCGCAGGAGAUGGCGCUGGUGCAGGCCAAGCGCCCCCGCAACGACCUGCUGCCCCCGGUACAGGGGGGCCCGCAGCAGGCCGUGCUGCAGGCGGGACCCCCAAGAACCUCGAGUCUUCAAGCUCCCAUAAUGCUUUUAACGGGUCAUGAGGGAGAAGUCUAUUGUUGUAAAUUUCACCCGAAUGGAUCAACACUGGCAUCUGCAGGAUUUGAUCGACUCAUAUUAUUUUGGAAUGUAUAUGGCGACUGCGAUAAUUAUGCUACAUUGAAAGGUCACAGUGGAGCAGUGAUGGAAUUGCAUUAUAACACAGAUGGCAGCAUGCUUUUUUCAGCAUCAACAGACAAAACUGUAGCAGUGUGGGACAGUGAAACGGGUGAAAGAAUAAAGAGACUGAAAGGUCACACAUCCUUCGUGAAUUCGUGUUAUCCAGCCAGACGGGGGCCACAGUUGGUCUGUACAGGAAGCGACGAUGGGACAGUGAAGCUAUGGGACAUUCGGAAGAAGGCUGCAAUCCAUACGUUUCAAAACACGUACCAAGUGCUAGCAGCGACAUUUAAUGACACAAGCGAUCAGAUUAUCUCUGGUGGUAUUGAUAACGACAUUAAGGUUUGGGACCUCCGACAAAACAAAUUAAUCUAUACCAUGCGUGGUCAUACAGACUCGGUGACUGGCUUGGCACUAAGUGGUGAUGGCUCUUAUCUUCUUUCUAAUUCUAUGGACAAUACAGUGCGAGUCUGGGAUGUGAGACCAUUCGCUCCAAAAGAGAGAUGUGUAAAAAUAUUCCAAGGCAAUGUGCACAACUUUGAAAAGAACCUCUUGAGAUGUUCAUGGUCAACUGAUGGAAGCAAAAUAGCAGCUGGAUCUGCAGACAGGUUUGUGUAUGUCUGGGAUACAACAUCACGAAGAAUUCUGUAUAAGUUACCAGGACAUGCAGGCUCAGUGAAUGAGGUGGCAUUUCAUCCUGAAGAACCGAUCAUUCUAUCUGCAUCGAGUGAUAAAAGACUCUACCUCGGAGAGAUUCAGUAAAGAGGAACAGCCUGUGCAGAGGAACCCCUCCUGACUUUAUUUGGUUACUGCCCAGAAACCGUUUGAUUCCCAAGGAGAAUGUAAUGGCAAGUUUAAAAAGAUGUAUGUAUAUACACACAUGACUUGUUUCAUGACAAGCCAAAUGAGGCUGGCGGUUCAUGCAUUCAGCAAUGUGAAUGCAAACUCAUUGUUUCAGAAUCUGAAUCUACACAGUUUCUGUACUUGGAAAUUCUGGCUUGGGUUUCAGUUUCAUAAUAUGACUGUAUAGUCCUUUUUAUAUUGAGGAAAAAAUAAAUUGACAUUUCUUUUGCUUAAAA